GGAAAGGAAAGGCAUGCACACGAAUGAAUGGGACAAUGUGCGCAUUAUGACUAUAUUCUAGAUCUGUCGAAAUCUAUGUCGCCAGGACGUUCUUCGUGCAGGCCGCUGCCCGCUGCUCUGUCCUCUUUUUUCCCCAUCUGCCCUCCGCCCUCGUUCACGCGAGUCGUGCAGCUGCGAAGAGCCGCCCACCGCCUGCGGGAUCUAUCUCUCCCGUCACACUGCCGCCCUUAUGUCAGCAGCGCACGGGUGGCACAUUCACCAGCUGCUGCUGGCCAACCGUCAAAGAUCUCAGCAGUAGCACCACCGGGAGCAGCAUCAAUGGUCCAAGCCUCUCCACCGCAGAUGGAGGAGGGGCUGUCUGCGUCUGUGUCUGUGAGUGAUGCUGACGUGACCGCUCUUAUGGGGCCUGCACAGAUACCAGGCAAACCAUACUUCGGUGAGUGACUGAGUGAGGGCGAGGGGGGGAAACGUGAGUACUCGAGGAAGUACACACACACGUGAGGCUGUUGUGAUCUUGAUUCAGAUCUGGGCCCUUUCACUUAUCGGCAGAUCGGUAAGUAAGGGAGAUGUGAUGCCCUGCUGGCUAAUCCCCUUGGUGUGCAUGGCAUGGUGUGUCCUGCCUGUCAGGUUCGACUGAUGAGGGGGUGCGUCUGGAUCGGUGGGUGCUGAAGCACGUCACUUCCAACUGGUCCGUCUGCAACAAGGUCAUCCGCAUACAGCAGGUCUUCGUUGUCCACAGCAACCAGUGAGUGAGUGACCACACAGCCACGCAGGCAGGCCUGCCUGCCUAUACAGCACGGCACACCCAUGUGCUGUGCGACCUCUGUCUGUCUGUCUGUCUGUCUGUCUGUCAGGCCACCCGAGGAGCACCAGAAGCAGGUCAUGUACAAGGUAACUUUUAAUGCACUCGCCUUGCCCCCUCACAUGACAUUCGUUGUGUCCCUCCCCCUCCCCCUCCCCCACGCUUCAGCGGUUCCGGCCUGUGCUAGGUCCCGGCCAUCGUCUGCGCGAGGGCGACUGGGUGUACUGGCCACGUGUGCUGCAGCCGGUGCCCAAGCCGACCGUCGUCAGGGCCGCAUUCGACGUGGCAAACACCGACCCAAGGGAUUGGUCAGUCAGGCAGUCAGAGCAAGGGGUGGGGUGCAUUGAAUGCAUUGAAGUGUGUGUGUAUGUGCUCCUUUGUGUAGGAUAUUGUACAAGGAUUCUGAUUUCCUAGCUAUCAACAAACCUUUCGGGCUGCUCACGACGGGCACCAAACACGUGGGAUGGACGAAUGAAUGAAUGCACAACGCGCAUCCCUCCCUCUUGGACGGUGGAUGUGAUGUGGUGUGUUGUGGUGUGGUGUGUACCAUCGGUUAUUGCCUGCAGGACAAGGUCAGUGUCAAGCGCAACUUUCUGGAGCGCCUGCAGUUCUCAAUGGACUAUGUACGCAGUCAUACAAGCCAACAGGCAGCAUCAGAAAGAGACUCAGAGGCUUGCGCACACACACACACACGGACAUGCCACAUCAUAUCUUUGUGUCUGUGCCUGUGUGGGUGGGCUAUGGUCAUGGCUUGUGCCAUGCAGCCUCCGCGAUUGAUCCACCGUCUUGCAGGGGAUACCAGCGGCGUCUUGCUGCUCGCAAGGUGCCAGCCUAGCCCAGCCGUUGUGCACACAUCACACGGGCGAACACGUCUGUGUGUGUGUGUGUGUGUGGCAGGACCAAGUCGUCCGCAGACAUGGCCGUCGACCAGAUACAAAUGUAGGCGAGGCACGCUUGCAAGAUGCCCCCACAAGGAAUGCAAUGCUGCUGCUCACCACAUCUGGCUUCUUGCUGCGCUGCAGGCGGUGUUUCUGGCGCCGCACCUACUGGGCGGUGACUGCUGGCCGACCAAAUGGGCAGCACGGAACAGUCAGAAUCGCACUCGGCAAACAAGAGGUGCACAUAGAGAAGCAAUCAACGGCGCCUUGACACCGGUGGAAUGGCAUGUGUGUGUCCGUUAACAGGAUGACGAUGUGGUGGUGCCAAUGACGACCAUGGAUGGCGGCAUCGCCGCCGUGACGCAGUGGCGGCUGCUCAAGCACUCGUCUGCGUGCGGCGGCAUGUCGCUCAUGGAACUCAGCACCACAUUCGGUAGGCAUCCAACAUGACCCACAUGCUGGAGGGCCAACAUGACCCACAUGCUGGAGGGCAGGGCGUGGUCUCUCUGCUCGGUGAAGUGUAUGUGUGUAUAUGUGUGUGUGUUCGGUUGAGCAGGUCUGCGGCACCAGAUCCGGGCCCACUGUGCGUAUGGCCUCCACUGCCCGCUCGUCGGCGACCCCCUGUACUUCAACCUCAGCAGCGAAGUACUCGCUGGCAGCAGACAGCACACCAGGAUGGAUGUCUGUGUGUGUGUGUGUGUGUUGGGUGUGUAUGUGUGAUAUCAGUGGUGUGAGGCGACAGCGUACAAGAGUGCCUUCUACAGCGAUGCGGCCAAGGAUGAGCGGCGGCGUGUGCUGGGGCCCCACCCACCACUGCACCUGCACUCGAGAGCCAUCACCUUCAACUCAUUCGCAGGUAGGUGUCUGUGCCAUGCUAGAGAGGUACAGAGAUAGAUGCACUUGCGCGAGCCACACCAGCCAUCUGUCUGUGGGAAUGUGUGGACUGUGUUGUGAAUGAAUUAAGGCGAGGAGGUUGAAGUGACGGCUCCCAUGCCGCCACACAUGGCACAGACGUUCGACAAACUUGGUAAGUACGUGGCGUGGAUGUAUUCACCCACCCCCACUCACGCCACACACACACACACACACACACACGCAUACACAGGUGGGUCCCUCUGUCUGUCUGUCUGUCUGUCCACUUGAGGCUGGAGUGAGUACAUCCACCAGCAGGACGACAGUGCUGCACGGUUCAACCCAUGGCGCCCCCAGCAGGCAAGUUUGAACAAAUCAUGACCUUAAGUCGAGUCGCUACAUACCCGUCCACUCUUGUCUCUUGCCUGCCUGCAGGACCCACACAUGCUGGAGCUCUUGCUGGAGCGAGAGGCAGACAGAAUCGCUACGCCCUAUGACGCGCACACAGCAGUGCAGCAGCGGGGCGACGCACAAGAUGCCGCUGCGGACGCGGCAGCGACAGAUACAGAGGAGUGGGAAACAGGUAUGCGAAAGACCCACACAGGACGGGUCACACAGACGGACAGACAUGUCCUGUGCGUGUCUGUGUGGCUGCAGCACCAAGUGGCGACAGCGGGCCGGCAGCCGAAGAUGUCAAGGACGACCAGCCGCUGACCAAAGCUGAUAUCGAGAAGCGGCGUGCAGCGGAAAUGGACGCACUGCGGCAGACCAACUUCGUCGCCCGAUAUCACCGAGACCGCAAGAAGCACGCCCAGCAGCAGAUGACCAACAGGCGACCGCCCCUCUCACCGAGCAGCGGCAGGCCACACCGCCAUCCCGCCCCUUCUUCACAACUUGAUCGCUCGAAGCAGGCGAUACGGGAUGACUUCAUUCACCGCUUCAUCAGCGGCAAGAUGGCCACCUUGCCGCCCUUGUCGCCCGCCAUGGUGCCGCAGACACACCGGCAAAAGAAGGAGGGCAUCGUCGAGCAGCAGAGGAGUAGGCGGCAGAGCAAGAGGGAGCGGGAGAGGGAGGGGCAGAUGCUGGCCUGGAGGGAGCAGGAGGAAGAGCACGACACAGAUGGCGAUGACGAUGGGGUCUGGGGUGAGCAGCACACAGAGCUGGGCAUGUACGGCAGAGAUGAAGAAUCGGACGACGACAACCACCAGCAGCCACAGACCAGCACCAACAGCACCACCAGCAGCAGCACCACUGAGGGCGUUGCGUAUGACGACUUGAACAAGAGGGUGCGUGAUAGGCUUCGCCGCAGUGUGUUCGACGGGUUGAAGGACAGAUGGGAGAUUGAGAGAAACAGGCAGGGGUCGGGCAGAGUGAAUGAAUGAAUGGAUGAGUGAAUGGACGGAUGAG